UAUGAUAUACAGCACAAAUGAUAAUUGACAUUAGGACUGUCUCCUAUGAAACACAUUAUUGUUUAAUUUUAUAUUACCAGAAACAGUAGCACCUAAAAAUCGAUAAUUAUUUUAAAGAUUAGUUUUGGUGCUCUAAGUCGGCUUUUUCCUAAGUGGAGCACGUUCUGUUCUGAGGCGCAUUUAAGUGCAGUGCAGGGCUUGAAGAAUAAAGAUGGUGGAAUGGACUGCGUUUUGUGAAAAACCCGGUUACUCAGACACUAGUGGAGAGCCAUAUGCAUGCAUCAACCUCGGAUUGAUCAUUUGCUUAAAUGCUUUGCUUUUGGUCAUGGUCAUCUUCACAAACUCAUCCUCAUCCAAAAAUGUUCACAUUCCAGCAAGGAUUCAAGGCUUUUCCAGUCUGCAGAUUACUUCUGCCAUUUUCAACAGCUGUGUUGGAAUGGUGUACUUGUUCCUGGGCAUCUGGAUUCUGGAAGAGAAGUUGAAGGAAACACAGACAGCUUUGCCUUUGAGUUUGUGGUUUCAAGCUUUAUUUCAAGGUUUCACAUGUUUGUUGGUUGGUUUAACAGUGAGUAUCCGGGUCAAGCACCUUUCAAAGGCACCGAUGCAACUUUUAUCUGUACUGGCAUUCUUGUCUUCUGGGUUUGUGUGUUUACUAUCUCUGUAUGCUGCCUUCUUAAGCAAACAAAUAACUUUAAAAAUAGCUCUGGAUGUUUUGGCUUUUCCAGGAGCAAUAUUAUUGCUGUUGUGUUCUUGUAGGGAUUAUAAAUGUGAAGGGAGUGAUGAAAGUGGCAUACAGAAUGAUCUUUAUACACCUUUGAAGGAUGAGUCUAAUGGAGUCAGUGAAGGUGAUCCAGUUACUCCAUUUGCCAAAGCUAGAUCCCUCAGUAGAUUUUCAUUCUGGUGGUUGAAUUCAUUGAUGAAAAGGGGAAGGGAAAAGACUCUUGAGGAUGACGAUAUACCCAAGUUGAGUGAAGCAGAUACAGCAGAGAGUUGUUACUUGUCGUUCUUGGAGCAGUUGGACAAACAAAAGCAAACUGAUCCAUUUUUCCAGCCAUCAAUUUUGAAGACUAUAAUCUUGUGCCACUUGAAAGAGAUUUGCCUGUCCGGAUUCUUUGCCUUGCUCAAGAUAAUCGCUACCUCAGCGGGUCCUCUGCUACUUAAUGCCUUCAUUUUGGUUGCUGAGGGAAAAGAGAGUUUCAAGUAUGAAGGUUAUGUAUUGGCCAUAUCACUUUUCCUUGCUAAAUGCACUGAAUCUUUAUCGCAAAGGCAGUGGUACUUCAGAACCAGACUUAUUGGUAUGAAGGUGAAGUCUUUGCUCACAGCAGCCACAUAUAAGAAGCAAAUGAGAUUAACUAAUGCUGCCAGGUUGAUGCACUCCAACGGUGAGAUUAUGAAUUAUGUAACCGUGGAUACCUAUAGGAUUGGAGAAUUCCCAUUCUGGUUCCAUCAGAUUUGGACAACAAGCCUUCAGCUCUGUAUCUCAUUAGUGAUUCUUUCUCAAGCAGUUGGGCUCGCUACAAUUGCAGCCCUGGUGGUGAUAAUUCUCACUGUGAUUUGCAAUGCACCUCUUGCAAAGCUACAACAUAAGUUUCAGACUAAACUUAUGGUGGCACAAGAUGAUAGACUGAAGGCUAGUUCCGAGGCUCUUGUGAACAUGAAGGUGUUGAAAUUAUAUGCUUGGGAAACCCAUUUCAAGGGUGUGAUAGAAAAAUUAAGGAAUGUGGAGUACAAAUGUUUAUCAUCGGUGCAAUUAAGAAGAGCAUAUCAUCUCAUUCUCUUUUGGACAUCCCCUGUUUUAGUCUCAGCUGUAACUUUUGUCACAUGUUACUUCCUCAAUGUUCCCUUGCAUGCAAAUAAUGUUUUCACUUUUCUGGCAACUUUACGCCUUGUUCAGGACCCUAUUUCCUCCAUUCCUGAUGUUUUUGCUGCGGUCAUUCAAUCAAAGGUUUCGUUUGCACGAAUUUUGAAUUUCCUUGAAGAGCCAGAGCUACAAUCACAAAGUGUCCGGAUCAAAUGCAACUUGGAGAGUGUGAAUCACAACGUCAUUAUCAACACGGCAGAUUUUUCAUGGGAAGAGAAUUUAGCAAAGCCCUCUCUCAGAAAUAUUGAUUUACAGGUUGGAUGUGGCGAAAAGGUGGCUGUCUGCGGAGAAGUUGGCUCAGGCAAAUCAACCCUUCUAGCCGCAAUUCUAGGAGAUGUUCCAAAAGUUCAAGGAAGUAUUCAAGUUUAUGGGAAGAUUGCCUAUGUUUCACAAACAGCGUGGAUCCAAACAGGAACAGUACGAGACAAUAUUUUAUUUGGUUCUGUCAUGGAUGGUCAAAGAUAUCAUGACACACUUGAAAGAUGUUCACUACUAAAGGACCUUGACUUGCUUCCCUAUGGUGAUCUAACUGAAAUAGGGGAGAGAGGAGUCAAUUUGAGUGGUGGUCAAAAGCAACGAAUCCAACUAGCCCGUGCUCUUUAUCAGAAUGCGGAUCUAUAUCUCUUGGAUGAUCCCUUCAGUGCUGUUGAUGCACAUACUGCAAAAAGCCUGUUCAAUGAAUAUGUUAUGGAAGCACUUUCGGGGAAGACUGUCAUACUUGUGACCCAUCAAGUUGAUUUCCUGCCUGCAUUUAAUUCUGUUUUGUUGAUGUCAGGUGGAGAAAUCCUAAGGGCAGCUCCUUACCAUCAGUUAUUGUCAUUAAGCCAAGAAUUUCAAGACCUUGUCAAUGCUCACAAAAAGACUGCUGGUUCUAAAAGGCUUGAAGACAUCACUUCUAGUCUUGUCCAAAAUCAUGGAACAUUUUCAGCGACGGAGAUUCAGAAAAGUUAUGCAAAGAAUCAAUUUAAACCAUCAAAAAGCGAUCAACUGAUAAAACAAGAAGAAAGAGAAGAAGGAGACAUGGGUUUAAAGCCUUACAAACAAUAUCUAAAUCAGAACAAAGGGUUCUUGUAUUUCUCUGCCUCCAUGCUUUGCCACCUUAUCUUUGUGAUUGGUCAGAUAGCUCAGAGCUCUUGGAUGGCUGCUAAUGUUGAUAAUCCUCAUGUUAGCUCAUUAAUGUUGAUCAUGGUUUAUUUGCUGAUUGGAUUUGCUUCAACAAUUUUUUUAGUUUUUAGAUCUCUUUACGUGGUUGUGUUGGGUAUUCAAUCAUCCAAGUCUUUAUUUUCGCAACUGCAAAACUCCCUUUUCAGUGCACCCAUGUCCUUCUACGACUCCACACCUUUGGGAAGGAUACUUAGUAGGGUUUCAUUAGAUUUAAGUAUUGUUGACAUUGAUAUCCCAUUUAGCUUAAGCUUUGCUUUUGGGACCUCCAUGGUUGCUGCUGCCAAUCUCGGGGUAGUAGCUGUUAUCACCUGGCAAGUCUUGUUUGUCUCAGCACCAACAAUUUUUCUCGCUCUGCGAUUACAGAGAUAUUAUUUAUCCUCUGCAAAAGAGUUAAUGCGGAUCAACGGCACAACCAAGUCUUUGGUAGCAAACCAUCUUGCUGAGUCUAUGGCAGGAGUUGUAACGAUUAGAGCCUUUGAAGAGGAAGAACGGUUCUUCAGAAAGAAUCUACACCUCAUUGACAUAAAUGCAAGCCCAUUUUUCCACAAUUUCGCAGCAAAUGAGUGGUUGAUUCAGAGGCUAGAAAUACUCUGUGCAAUAGUUCUGGCAUCUGCGGCACUCUGCAUUGCCCUGCUUCCUCCUCAAACUUACAGCCCCGGAUUUAUCGGAAUGGCAAUUUCAUAUGGUAUUUCAUUAAACGGGUCCCUUGUCGCUUCAAUUCAGAAUCAGUGCACUCUUGCAAAUUAUGUAAUUUCAGUAGAAAGGCUAAAUCAGUACAUGCACAUACCAAGCGAAGCACCUCUAGUCAUUGAACAAAAUUGCCCUCCAGCAAAUUGGCCAGCAUUGGGCAAAGUAGAGUUGCAUGAUUUGCAGAUCAGGUAUAGACCCAAUGCACCACUUGUUCUUUGCGGUAUCACCUGCACAUUCGUAGGAGGCGACAAGAUUGGCAUAGUUGGUCGGACUGGCAGUGGGAAGACUACUCUCGUUGGAGCCCUGUUUCGUCUGGUAGAGCCUGCUGGAGGGAAGAUUAUAGUAGAUGGCAUUGACAUCUGUACAAUUGGACUUCAUGACCUGAGGUCACGUUUCGGAAUAAUACCUCAAGAUCCUACUCUUUUCAAUGGGACUGUGAGAUACAAUUUGGAUCCCUUGUCUCAACAUUCUGACAAGGAAAUAUGGGAGGUUCUUGGGAAGUGUCAGCUUCAAGAGGCUGUUCAGGAAAAAAAAGAUGGGCUAGACUCCUUAGUUGUGGAUGAUGGAUCAAAUUGGAGUAUGGGACAAAAGCAAUUAUUCUGUUUGGGACGUGCCCUUUUGAGGAGAAGUCGGAUACUGGUGCUUGAUGAAGCAACUGCUUCCAUUGACAAUGCUACCGAUAUGAUUCUUCAGAAAACCAUUCGAACGGAAUUCAAAGAUUGUACUGUAAUCACAGUAGCUCACAGAAUACCAACUGUGAUGGAUUGCACUAUGGUUCUUGGCAUCAGCGAUGGAAAAUUAGUGGAGUAUGAUGGGCCAAUGAAGUUAAUGAAGACAGAAGGCUCGCUUUUUGGAAAGCUGGUGAAGGAAUACUGGUCUCAUUGCCAGUCUGCUGAAUCACAUUGAUACUGAAAACUGUAGAAGCAAUUUUUUUUUUUUUUUUUUUUUCCUUCAUUGGUUGAAAUCAGUUCCAACAAAUUUGAUUAGGCUCAACUGAGAAGGACCAGAUUAUGCAGAUUGGCCAUGUUAUGUCGCUUACUACGAUAAUGACUAUAUAUAAAUGAGUUCAAAAAGGAAAAAGACAGACACUCAGAUUAUAAAAAGACAGACACUAAGAUGAUAAUGUUCAAAAAGUUUUCCAAUUAUAUGUAGAAAAAGAAGAAAAAAACAGAGUUGCUUUUUAGAUGGGCUAA